AUCACUUCAAUUCUAUUUCGAAUCUAUAAUUACAAAAUAUGAAAUGCAAACUUAAAUUGUCUUUUUUAUUAUUUACUUCGCUCAGUUGGUUGUUGAUUUAAUGCAAAUGGCGCUUUAAUUGAGAAUUCAGAUCGGAUCUCGUGCUCUGCUUAGUUUCAUUUAAUGUCUGGGGGGAUCGUUUACGCUUCUAUUCGAGUCUUGAAACGAAGCUUUAUAGCAUCGCUUCAGGGCUAAUUUAACAACCACUCUCUUCUUCAAUGAGACUCUAAGUGGGAAAAAUUGAUAAAUACGACCGCUGAAUCGAAAUUUCACAAUUCCUCUCUGUUGUCAUUGAGAUAUUUUCAAAUAUCCCUGCCCUUUCCUUUGCUAUCUUGAAAACAAACAGUGAUCUAGCGGAAAAACCGGAGCACAUGUUUGCUAAGUGCCAACAGUAUGUUCGAAGCAAAAAAAUCCCAUUAUUCACUUAGAGCAACCUAGAGUAUCUGUUAAAAUUUCUCUUUGCAAACUUAUGUACUGAGUUGACGGGAAAAAAUGGCGCCAAUAAAUUGACACAAAACCUCCAGUUUAGACACGGUUGCUGAGCCCAACAUUGAAUGAAAUGACGCCUCACUGACAUUAGUGGACAACACCCGAGGCACUUCAAGACGAACACGUGACUCCGUAUGUCUCCAAGCAGGGACUCAUUUCAUUAGAACCAAUAAAUUUUGAUUUCAUUUUUAUUUACUUUUACCGGCAAGUACGUAGAGAACAAAAUUAGCAAAUACCUGAAAAUUGUGCAAAAUAAAUAACACUUAUGUUAAUUAUUAACACGCAUUGAUUUUUCAAGCUGCUUUGUAUUACGGAGUUCCAAGUGAAGAAGAUAGAAAGGCUGCUGAUAUUGAUUUUCUUACAAAAUAGAAUCUGAAAAUUUAGAUGCCCAGGAAGAAAAACAAAGAAUUCUCAACUGAAUAGACAGGUGACGCAAAACACAAAAACACCAAAUGGCAGAUCCAUUGUCACUAAUAUUUACCAAGAACGCACCAUUUUAUAUUAUACUAUCCGAAAGUAGUUAACAUCUUAUCCACAACUAAAAUGGCCGAUUUAUCUUUUAAAAAAUACUCAAGUAUACUAGCAUUUAUUUUGCUCAAUCGAGAAGGAUGAAGUUGACGUUAUAUUGAAACAGCUUUCUAUUUGGCAACAAAAAUGAAUUCAGCUAUAUUCCUGAAAGUCAAUAUACAAUUUUUCUUACUUGGAUUAUCAAAUUGUGGGUUUGGCGCGUUUCAACACGGAAGCCAAAUGCAAAACAGUGACGAGAAUAUUCUCAUACCAGAAAUAGUUAGAAGAGAUGAAAACUUCAUUCGGGUUCAAACGUCCAUGCCUCCAAGGAUCAAAGACAAGCCUCUUUAUUUGUUCACAACUGUGGCAAUUGAGAGUAUCUCUGAAAUCACCAACAACUUCGCCGUGUUUGAAAUCUACUUAACGGAGACUUGGCGAGAUCCAAUGUUUAAUGAUGGCGAGCCUAUAUCUAUGUCUGGUCCUGGAAUUAACUACUUUGAUUGGAUCCCGGACACUUAUUUUCUACUUAGCAAGAAGACGAAGUACUACAGCAGCACUCAGGCCAUUCACUUCAACGGAGUCAACGUGACUCUAGACCGCAAAGUGCGCAUCACUGGAUCAUGCACUACUCACGUGUGGUUCUUCCCUUUCGACGCUAUGCGCUGCAAAGUGAUUUACUCCAGCUACGGAUUCGGAAACGAAGACAUGGUUCUUAAUUGGAGCAAAAACGCAUUCCACUUUCCCUUUUCGUUCCAAGCGGUUAGUGAACUUGGAUUCAACGUUGCGAAAAUAUCCAGCACUGAUUAUUUGGCCGAAUACGCUUCGAUCAAUUACUGCAUUCUCGAAGGCUCAUUAUACCUCAAACGCAUUUGGAGCAUAUAUAUAAUUCAGAGCUACUUGCCGGCUACGUUUUUAGUUUUACUAUCUACCACAAUUUUCUGGCUGAAUGAACGAGUUUCGGGACUUCCUGCUAGAGCAUCAGUCGGUAUAACUUCAGUUCUCGCGAUGUUGACAAUUUGCCGCGGUAGAACAAGUCCCAAAGACAACGUGUCCCGUAAUUUUUCGCUAAUGGAUACCUACUUAUGGGUAAGUUUCAUCUUCGUGAGUCUAUCCAUGCUUUUCUUCGCUCUCGGAGACUUUGUGCGAAUAAAGGAGGGCAAAAGUGCAAGGAAACUGAACAACAGCAACGUGGACAAAGCUAUGAGAGGGAUGUUCCCCUUCUGCUUCAUAACCUUUGUCAGUCUCUACUGGACUUAUGUGUAUAAAUUUGUUUUGCAAUCAAUAUAAAUUAAAAGCUGAAACUGCCUAACUUUCCCAUUACUUUUAUAUGGGCUUGCAAAGAAUUGUAAUUUGUUUUUUACAUUAUUGAAAUGCUGUCAGUCUAUAUUUGAAUGAUAUAUCAUAUAA